GGCUCAGCGGCUCGCGGUGAAGGAGGGAGAGCGCGCCUCGACUAGAGGCACACACGGUCUGUUCUUAAAGCAAAACCGAUAAAUUGAGCUGAUACAUGGCGAAAACUGUUUUAUUCGACGUCACGACACGUAACCGUUCCGGACCGCGGCUCUGACAGCGACAGGCAUAGUGAAUAUUCGCAUCCCUCGUUGGUUGGAGUUUUUAUCUUUUUUAGGGCUUUCAUAGCACUUUCUUGCUUGGAAUCGCGCGAGCACCAGUAUCUCUGCGAGCAUCGUUUCAUGCUUACUGGUGACACUCGUACAUUCCGUUCCUGAACUUUACAAGGCGACUUUUGUCUACUUUCCGGUUCGCCCGGUGUUCUCCUCGACGUCAGACCGGUUGCACAUUCAACCCGGCCGACGCGGCCUCGUUCCUUGUCAAGCCCCCGGCGAAGACUCCUGUGCAUCUCCGUUAGAGCCUGGUACACUCUCCACAGAAACAAUUGUCGUGUUUACAACAACCGACACGGAGGAUACCAGAAGAAAACGAAGGAUCUGUACUCCGGCGAUACAGACAGACGGAGCUGUCAUACAGCAUAUCAACUAGGCUAAGCAGAAAAAUCCAAGCUAAAUUUACAUAUUUUGAGAUUAGUCUCGUAUGCAUUUAACGCAUUCGUGCAUAUCCGAAAUUGAGAUAUAAAACCGAAACGUCAAGCAUAAACUAAACACGUUUUGUCCAAAGCGAAGGCCUCGUCUGCUAACUCCGAUAGCUCCAUCGCUAACUCUCAGCCUUGCUUUAAUCGGCACCUCUAAUCUUAUUAACAGUGCACUUUUUGACUCUCAUUCAACGUUUGGUUUGUAGUGUUCUGCGUAACAGAGGAGUGUUUUUAACCUGAAGUUAUUGGUUCAACGCACAGUGUAGUAAUAUCAUUGGCAUGCUCGCUGAGCUGUAUCUUGAGCUGAAGAAGGAAAUCGAGUUGUCAGCCUUUAUUUUUCACUCAGCGGCCUGAUUUCCAGUUAAUUACCAGUUUGGGGGAAACCAUUCUUAUGUGUUGGGCUGGUUUCAGCUGACCUUUGCUCGGUACCAAAUUAACUCAAUCCCAGCUGCAUGCACUGAUACGGAAGAUACUUGAUUUAUAUUUUUGUACCGUAGUCCAGGAGCCACAUAGAACAGGGUCCGAUAUCUGAGGAAACCCCUACUACUGCUUAGACAUGAGUAUUGAGAUCCCGGUCGGUUUGACGGAGCUGCUGCAAGGCUACACCGUGGAGGUGCUGCGCCAGAGGCCGCCAGAUCUGGUGGAGUUUGCCGUGCAGUAUUUCACCCGCCUGCGGGACACCAGGAGCCAAGACGGAUCCGGGGCCGCCGCCAAAACAGGUGUGAAAGGGGUGAUGUUCGAUGGCGAGCCUAUGCAGACAGAGUCCAACGGCGACGAUGAUGACGAGGAUGAUGACUCAGAUUUUGAACCUCCUCCCCCCAGCAGAUUUAACCGAAGAGUGUCGGUAUGUGCGGAGGCCUUUAAUCCUGAUGACGAUGAUGAAGACUCGGAGCCGAGAGUCGUGCAUCCAAAAACAGAUGAACAGCGCUGUAGAUUACAGGAGGCCUGCAAGGACAUACUUCUGUUCAAGGCCCUGGAUCAGGAGCAGUUUUCAGAGGUCCUAGACGCCAUGUUUGAGGUUCUUGUGCAGCCACAAGAACAUGUCAUUGACCAAGGAGACGAUGGAGAUAACUUUUAUGUAAUUGAGAGGGGAGUGUAUGACAUUGUGGUACAGAAGGACGGUGUGGGCUGCUGUGUGGGUCAGUACAACAAUAAGGGCAGUUUUGGAGAGUUGGCCCUCAUGUACAACACUCCACGUGCUGCAACCAUCAUUGCUACAGGGGAGGGAGCGCUGUGGGCACUGGACCGGGCAACCUUUCGUAGACUUGUAGUGAAGAAUAAUGCAAAGAAGAGAAGGAUGUAUGAAUGCUUCAUUGAAUCAGUCCCGCUGCUCAAAUCACUAGAGCUGUCAGAGAGGAUGAAGAUCGUUGAUGUCUUGGGUGUAAAAUCAUUUCAGGAUGGAGAGAGGAUCAUUAUGCAGGGUGAUAAGGCUGAUUGCUUCUACAUUGUGGAGUGUGGAGAGGUGAAAAUUAUGAUGAAGAGUAAAACGAAAGCAGACAGACAGGAUAACGCUGAGGUUGAGAUUGCUCGCUGCAAUCGAGGGCAGUAUUUUGGGGAACUUGCUCUCUUCACCAAUAAACCUCGAGCUGCCUCGGCCUACGCUAUAGGAGACAUCAAAUGCUUGGUGAUCGACAUACAAGCCUUCGAGCGUUUGCUGGGGCCAUGUAAAGAGAUCAUGAAGAGGAACAUCGCCCACUAUGAGGAGCAGCUGGUGGCUCUGUUUGGAUCCAGCGUGGACCUGAGGGACUGAGACAGACUUGGCCGUGCCUUAGACAUACACACACAAAAUACAACACAUAGGUUACACACAGACAUUUUGUAGGCACACAUUCCUUUUUAUGCACACUCAUAUUCCAAACAACACACACUUAAAAUCAUACCUCACGCACGCACACAACACACAUGUCUACUGUCAAUGUGUCAGCUGCUCAGUCUGAAACAAGCAUUACCAACCUAACUGCUGUGACCCUGAAGCAACCACAGCCUGGAGAGGACAUGUACACACAACACACAUUCACUUACACCAAAAAUCCCCAGCCAAGGACUCAGCCUUCAUCGUGGUCAUCUGCAGUCACAACAAAGAAAAGAGACGAGAUAAAAAAACUAAAAUCUAUGUUUAAACAAGAAAAAGUUGAUAUCUUUCAAUAAAAAAAUGCAAAAAAGCGCAAAAAUUUAAAGUUUUAGAGCAUUUUAUGAUAAUGCAAAGCUUUGAUAAACUCUUGACUCUUUAAAUAUGACCCGUUUUCUUCCCUGCUGUUGGUGCAUAAAAGUUUUUUGCUGGUGGUAUCCACAGUGACCUAUUUUUCUCACUUCUCAACUCCACGUGGUAUUGAUUAAUGUAUUACUAUUAUUAUCAUCCUCAUUAUUAUUACUAUUAUUUUGUUUUGUUGAAGGUUAACUCGCUGUUACACCACCCCACUGAUCGGAGGAUGCGAGACAGAAUCUAGUUCAUAUUUUCCCUUUAGCCUUUAUGAAUGAGUCGUCCUCAAAAAUGAAAUAAAGCAGACAUUUUGGUAACCUGCUGGGACUCUUCUGUUGCGAAUGUUUUUGUGUGUGCGUGCGUGCGUAUGCCUGUCGAAAGGUUCCGUCUGUAAUUACAGGAACAGUGCCAUUUAAAUGUCAGGAAUCAGUUUUGUGUUUGUAAACCUUGGAACGGAGGCACCAUGAAAGUGUUUUGGAAUGGAGUAUUUUGUUUAGGGUUGUAGCUGGUUAUUGUUAGUUGGUUAUCACCUCUGAGAGUUGGCUAGUUACAGCAUUUACUGAUUGUUCUUUUAAUAAACUUUGGAUAAAUCA